UUGUACUGAAGCAGUUGUGUGUUUGAUUGAAUUGUGAUGGAUUUAAAGCACUAAGCGUUUCUUCUGCGUAUGUCAGCAUCACUGUCGGCGCUGCGGUCGGUGUUUCUGUGAUAAAUGCAGCAGUCAGAAAGUGGCUCUUCCCAGGAUGUGUUUUGUGGAUCCGGUGAGGCAGUGUGCGGAGUGCAGCCUCAUCUCACAGAAAGAGGUGGAGUUUUACGACAAACAGCUUAAAGUGCUCACUGCCGGAGGAACUUUCCUGGUCAGAGUGGAUUCCUCAGAGAAAUCAGAGACCAUGGUCUGCCGUUUGUCCAAUAAUCACAGAUAUCUCUUCCUAGAUGGUGAGAGUCAUUUUGAAGUGGAGCUCUCUCGCAUUUCCAGUAUGCAGGUGUUGACUGAGGGCUCAACCCCAGGAGAGAAAGAUAUAUGCUCGUACACGAGCUUGCUGGACAGUCAAAUAUCUGAAGUAACCUGGCAUGCACUCAUUUCCUGUGACAUGGCUGGUGUUCUCUUCGAGCCAGCGGCAUGGUGCUUCAAUACAAGCCACCAGGAUCUCAGAACCUACAGCAGCUCCACAUGGACCCUGCCGAUGACAAGCGCAUCGCGUCUGCCUGGCUUGCAGCCAUGCAUAAAGCUGCCAAAUUCUUGUAUGAAUCAAGGGACCAGUGAAAUGACACUGUGCUGGAGACAGAGAGGGAUGGACAGAACAAAACAGAGGAGAGAGAAAGAGAUCAAAACCAAAAACAUCCUCUUUGCGACAGAUGGCAGGUUUCAUUCUUCCUUCUCACAGGGCUGCAGAGAAAUCAUCUCUGUUCUCAUGAUGGACUGCUGCUGCCCUCUUGUGUCAUGUACACAAUAGACCAGAAACUGAAGCUUACAAAAACAAGAACACUUACCAUAUUGCCACAAACUCCUUGAACUUUCAUGCUUUUCCAUGUUUAUACAUUAAAGAUGAAGAGUACCAUUUUUAACCACCUAGCAACAACUUACAUACAGCAAUGGCACAGUGACAGAAAUUACACCGAAAUUCAUCUUUAAGUGUCUUAUUACCAAAUAUACAUAUUUAUUAAUUAUUAUGCAUUUAAUGAAUACAUAAAUGCAAAGUAUGAUUUAUUUCUUUAGGUGUAAAGGUGUGGAUAAUCA